AUGUCGAACUCCUCCAGCUCUUCACCGCUGACAGAACAGCUAAUCUUGGUGGCGGCGUACGGGCUGGCCUUCCUAAACUCCGUUCAGCAUGGGCAGUACUUGAUGGCGCAGUUCCCGAAGCUAGCCCUCCUCUUCGAGCCCAUCCUCCCCUUCCUCGCCUUCUAUAGAUCCAUCCCCUACUCCUCCUUCGUCGCCUUCUUCAUCCUCUAUUUGGGCGUCGUAAGAAACCCUAGCUUCCCCGCCGCUACAUCAGGUUCAACGCCAUGCAACAUUUUCCUCGUCAUUCCGCUUCUCUUCCAGUGCAUCUUCUCCAUCGAUACUGGGCCAAUCAUGGUCUUCUUCAGCAACGCCAUUUCGUCGAAGGCACUUGAUGGCGCAAAACCCUAA